CUAAUGAAUGCUCGUUGGAUGAUAACGUUACAUUUACUGCAUUUAGCUGACGUGCUACAUCGUUGCUUUUCAGUAACCAUGUUUACUAUCUGUGAAUCUGUCACCGGAAGCUCAGCAAUGUGAGCACAGCUACAUGGAUUGGAUGAUCAUGAAACGGGGCAAUGCCACCUGCAAAGAGAAGACUGCUGUGAUGAAGGAAUAUAACGUGAAGCGGAAAUUAUUCAACUAAGCAUGCACAGGAGUACGGUAAAUACCAGGAAGAGGAGAGGAGGAAACGAGCUGCACAGCUAAAGAAAGGGUUAUCCAUGCAACAAAACCUUUUUCAAGAACGUAAGCAAGGAAGCCACAACAGCCGUCAAAGCUAGCUUCGUGGUUAUUGAGACGAUUACCAAAGCGGGAAAGCAGUUUACUGAAGGCCAGUUUAUAAAAGACUGCAUGCUAGAAGUUGCAAGUAAAAUCUGUUCAGAAAAGAAGGGAAACUUCAGCAACAUCAGCCUUUCGGCCAGCACAGUGGCAGAGCAGAUUACUGAACUAUCAAAUGAUAUUUAUGUUGUGCAGCUGUGUGAAAAAGGCAAAGUUUUCAGUGCAUAUUCUGUGGCUUUGGACGAGAGCACUGACAUAAACGAUAAUGCUCAGCUCUACAUUUUUGUCCGUGGUGUUGAAGAGCAGUUUGAAGUGACGGAGGAAUUACUUGCAAGGCCAAUGCAAGGCUGUACCACAGCUAAGGAUGUAUUUGAGCAACUGUGCAACGCAAUUGAGCAUGCUGAUCUGUCAUGGAUCUGUCAUGGAAGUCGCUGAGGAAUAACAACAGAUGGCGCACCAUCAAAGAGUGGGAGGAAAAACGGCAAAAAAAAUUGGAGGAGGAAGGUGGAGAUAGGGCAGUUGCUUUGCACUGCAUUAUCCAUCUGCAGGCACUGUGCAGCAAAUGCCUGAAGUUUCAGAAUGUGAUGUCUGUCAUUGUCAAAUACAUAGAUUACAUCAGAUCCAGGGGAUUACAGCACAGCCAGUUCCAUGCUUUUUUGGAGGAAAUCGAUGCAGCGUAUGGAGAUGUUCUGUACUUCACAGAGGUUCGUCAGCUCAGCUGGGGGAAUGUCCUGAAAAGGUUUUUUGAGCUGAGAAGAGAAUUGAAGACCUUCAUGGAGCAGGGCAGAAUGAAUCUUCCUGAGCUUCAUGAUUCCAGCUGGCUGAUGGACCUAGCCUUCCUUGAUGACAUCACACAGGAGCUAAACACACUCAAUCUAAAGUUGCAGGACCCAGGCCAGCUUGUUACUGCAGCUUUUGAAAGAAACUACACCAUUUUCCAGCAUGCAGAUCCCUUCUCCUUUGAUGUGCAAUAUGCCCCCAGUGUGCUACAAAUGGAACUCAUUGACCUACAGUGCAACUCUGAGCUCAAAGCCAAGAGCGAAUUCAGAGAGGCAAAUGGAAAAACGGUAAAGCUUGGAACUUUCUUAAGAGAUUUACCUCCAUCCUUCCCAGAGCUUUCUGAGAUGUUCAAGUGGACAAUAUGCCUUUUUGGAAGCACAUAUCUCUGUGAGAAACUGUUCUCCACCAUGAAAUUCAGUAAAUCAAAGUACAGGUCCAGGCUCAGUGAUGUCCCUCUUCAAGCCAUACUGAGGGUUUCAUCUGCCACCUCCCUCAGCGCAAAUGUGGCUCAGCUGUCUGACAAGAAUGAGGCAAGAAUGACAGAAUGUACAUACUUCAUGUUAAGAUAUUCCGCACAGUUGGAGUUUUUUCCCCCCAAACAGUUGGUCUUUUUUAAUGCUGCAUUUUACUGGCCUCCUACUGACCAGACUGGACACUCAUCAGCCCACAGAGCACUUCCUGGUUAUGCUCCCCUAUGAGCCGGAGCGCAGCCUCAGAUCCUCCGGCAGGACACUGUUAGCUGUACUGAAGUCCCGGCUAAAGACUAAUGGUGAUCGGGCUUUUGCAAUUGGAGCCCCCAGCUCUGGAACGCUCUUGCCUGAGAACCUGAGGCUCGCAGGAUCAGUAACAUCUUUUUAAUCACUUCUUAAAACAUACUUUUACAAAACAGCCUUUUAUUAAUUUUUGUACUUCCUUUCAUUUCUAUCGUGACCUUUAUGUCCAUUUUGUCUGUAUCACUGUUGCAGAAAUUGUAUUUCCUUUAACCUUUGUAAAGGCUUUAGCCUGUAAUUUUAUGCUGCUUGAUUCAAUUUGCCUCUGCUUUGAAAUAUUUUAAUGUGUAUUUAACCAUGUAAAACACUUUGCAAUUCUGUUUUGA